AAAGACAUCGAAAACAUAAUAAAUAGUACUGUUGAUCAUUAUGGACAACUAGAUGUAUUAGUGAAUAACGCGGGAAUUUUAGAGACUGGAAGCAUAGAGAAUACGUCUCUAGCUCAGUAUGACAGACUUAUGAAUACAAAUGUACGCUCAAUUUAUUAUUUAACAAUGUUAGCAGUUCCUCAUCUUAUUAAAACUAAAGGUAACAUUGUUAAUGUAUCAAGUGUUAAUGGAAUUAGAUCGUUCCCUGGUGUUCUAGCAUACAAUGUGUCUAAAGCAUCAGUCGAUCAAUUCACAAGGUGUGUAGCGCUGGAGUUGGCGCUAAAAGGCGUCAGAGUGAAUGCUGUUAAUCCAGGUGUGAUUCUGACUGAGUUACAGAAACGCGGAGGUUUGUCCGAUGACCAGUACCGUGCGUUUUUGGAGAGGACCAAGGAAACACAUGCAUUAGGACGUCCAGGGAAACCGGAUGAGGUUGCUGCUACAAUAGCGUUCUUGGCUAGUGACCUUGCAAGCAAUAUCACUGGUGCUAGCGUGCCAGUGGAUGGUGGACGUCAUGCUAUGUGCCCCCGUUAAAACCUCAUAUCUGUCAAUAGGUCCUUACUAAUCAAUGUUGAGCAAACUUUAUAGGUAUAAUUUAUACUCAACAUU